GAAUACUUUAUCAGUCAUGUGCCGAGCGCGGAUCAUUGUACAUAAACCUUCCACCCAUUGACUCUACCGAACCUAUGUUGGCUCAGGCAAGCCUUGCCAUUUUUCUCGAUCCGUCGCAUGAGCAACUAAACGUUGCAGAUUUUAUCAGUACCUUACCAUGCCAAAAUUUCGAUUGUGGUGGUAUCGGUUUGUACCCGUCCUCGGAUACCACCAUGUCAUGAUGAUAACUCUUGUAUUCCCCAUAAUUCUACUAUCUGUUCUCUUAUCUGGAUGCACCGCCGAGAACCUCAAUGGGCUAUGCCUCAUUUCUCUGUCUUACUCCAGCGAACCAUCAGGAACAUCCUCCAAUCAGACAGAGACGGGUUCAAACUCAAACACCACGACUGCAGACAGACCGCCACUUGAAGUUCGCGUUGGCUAUUUUGGGAUGUGCAUAAAGAGCAUGAACCAAUGGGUUUGCUCAACAAACUCGCGAGUCCUUGACUCAUUCGCACAGCGAACGCAGCAGGGAGAGGGUAGUGAUUCAGCUUUGCUAACCUUGGCUGCGGACAGGUUCAGAGAGGAAAUCAUCUUCAAGGGUCUCCUCUUCGCACCAAUUAUUCUCGGCUUCUUUGUUAUUUUCUUAUUGAGCCUCUUUCCGAGUUGGCAUGAUUCAGAAGAAUCAGUAGCAUCUGGCAGAGAGGCAGUUCCCACAAGGGCAAUCUCAAUACUUGCGUGUUUUUGCACAUUCUUUGCGGCUUUCCUAUAUCUUAUCGCAGUAUUUUGGCAACACCUCUCAAGCCCUGCUGCAAUCUCUAUGGGAAAAGCAUUUACUGGAGGCGCGGUAGUCGGCAGUGUGGGCACUGGCGCUAUGUCACUCGGGUGGAUUUCUGUAUUCCUCUUGCUAUGUACUUCCUUCGGCCUCCUCAUCAUGAUCCUCUCAAUCAGAGUUCUUUCGCAAAUGUUGGUUGAGAUGGAACACAGGGGAGACUAAAACGGGGACCUGUAAGAUGACCCAGCUGGCUUGUUCCAGAUGAUGAAUUGAACGGAGAACGAGUAAUACUACUCAGAUGGACACGAAAUGGAAACAGGGAAUCGAAUCCAUUAUCCACCUGUGGUAGUCUAGCUUUUUUGGCGAGAGUUUGGUAAAUGUAGUUUACUACGAAUAACCCUUGAAAUACCCCUCUUGGCUUAACAUCGGGUUAAUCCUCUAGUAGUAGUAGUAGUAGUAGU